GCCACAGUUUUUAUGCGCCAAAUUGUUUUUGAGGAGAGGCGUUUUCAGCGUUGCGGCACGUUAUCGAGAGCACAACACUUUUGGGUUGGACAUAACAUCCCCUCAUGAUGAGUUUAUUUGGGGCGACCUCUGGGUUCGGAGCAGCGGGGGCCGGUGUCUUUGGAAACGCAACAACAGACAGCCACAAUCCCAUGAAGGAUGUGGAAGUGACUUCCCCUCCAGAUGACAGCAUCAGCUGUCUGGCUUUCAGCCCCCCCUCCAUGCCGGGGAACUUCCUCAUCGGAGGAUCCUGGGCCAACGAUGUCCGGUGCUGGGAGGUUCAGGACAAUGGGCAGACGGUCCCCAAAGCCCAGCAGAUGCACACGGGUCCAGUGCUGGAUGUAUGCUGGAGUGACGAUGGGAGUAAAGUCUUCACUGCUUCCUCUGACAAAACAGCCAAGAUGUGGGAUCUUAACAGCAAUCAAGCUAUGCAGAUUGCACAGCAUGAUGGUCCGAUUAAGUCAAUCCACUGGAUCAAAGCCCCGAACUACAGCUGCAUCAUGACCGGCAGUUGGGACAAAACACUGAAGUUCUGGGACACCCGGUCUCCCAACCCCAUGAUGUCUCUGCAGAUGCCAGAGAGAUGCUACUGUGCAGAUGUUGUGUACCCCAUGGCUGUGGUUGCCACGGCGGACAGAGGCCUCAUCGUGUACCAGCUGGAGAACCAGCCCUCUGAGUUUCGCAGAAUAGACUCUCCUCUCAAACAUCAGCACCGAUGUGUUGCCAUAUUCAAGGACAAGCAGAACAAGCCCACUGGCUUUGCCCUGGGGAGCAUUGAGGGCCGAGUGGCCAUCCACUACAUCAACCCUCCAAACCCAGCCAAAGACAACUUCACCUUCAAGUGCCACCGGUCGAAUGGAACCAACACAGCCACUCCACAGGACAUCUACGCUGUCAACGCCAUCUCUUUCCAUCCCGUCCACGGCACACUGGCGACCGUGGGCUCAGACGGACGCUUCAGCUUCUGGGACAAAGACGCCCGCACCAAGCUGAAGACCUCGGAGCAGCUCGACCAGCCAAUCACAGCCUGCUGCUUCAACAGCAACGGCAACAUCUUCGCAUACGCCUCCAGCUACGACUGGUCAAAGGGCCACGAGUACUACAACCCCCAGAAAAAGAACUACAUCUUCUUGAGGAACGCUGCCGAGGAGCUGAAGCCUCGGAACAAGAAAUGAUUCGUCGCAUCUCUUGCCCGGAGAUGUGGAAGACCUGCUGCUUCGUGUGUGUGUGUGUGUGUGUGUGUGUGUGUGUGUGUGUGUGUGUGUGUGUGUGUGUGUGUGUGUGUGUGUGUGUGUGUGUGUGUGUGUGUGUGUGUGUGUGUGUGUGUGUGUGUGUGUGUGUGUGUGUGUGUGUGUGUGUGUGUGUGUGUGUGUGUGUGUGUGUGUUCAAGUCGGCCUCCUUCCUUUCGGCAAACGCCUGGACCAGUACCGCACUGUGCAUGGAGAAAUCAGAGAGGCCUACCCACCCCGGCGAUGACGACAUUUGUUUUUUUAAUGCUGUCCAAAGACUUUUCAUUCUCUUAUGAUUUGCUGUUACUGUGUUUUAGCUCUGUGAUUGAAAUAAAUAACUACGUGCAUACUGUUA